AUGGCUCCCAGCGCAUCCAGCACGGCGAACAACUCGCCCGCCAAAAAGACGUCCGCUCCUGAGAAGAAAUACAAAUGCCAAUUCUGCAACCGCGCCUUUAGCAGAAGUGAACACCGUAGCCGCCAUGAACGAUCGCACACAAAAGAACGCCCGUUCAAAUGCUUAAAAUGUAGGAGUACAUUUGUUCGCAGAGAUCUUUUGCUUCGACAUGACCGAACUGUCCACGCCAAAGAUGGCGGUGUCCCCUUGGUUUCCGAGGGUCGCCGUCGAGGAGGAGCUGGUGUUCGCAAAGCCUCUUCCCCUGCCCCCUCAAAGCCCUCGGUCAGCGUCGAUCCGACAUCGUUGGAUCAAAUGGAAGUCGGCAGUGAGGGUAUGGUCGAUCUCGAAACCGCAGCCAUGCUGAUGACAGACUUUCAACACAAGGCCGCAGCCGCUGCUACUGGUCAGAUUCACGAUCGUGCCGAGUCGGAUCGCUCCUUUUCGCCCGGACGUGGUUCUAUCCUUGACCCACCUCACUCGUAUCUAUCUGGAAACGCGACUUUGCCUCAGAUGCCAUGGGACUCGCUGGUUUCGCCCACUGACUCCAAGCAUCACAUGUCUCCUUUUGUCUCGCAGGAUUCAGCAUCCGACUCACACGGACUGCCAGGCAUGGACCGACAUGUGGGCGACUCUCUCGCUCCCUCGCUCCAUUCGCUCGUCAACUCGCUUCCAGUUUCUGGGAACUCCACGCCGAACGCGCUGUCUCCAUACCCCUCAAUGACUGGACCUGUCAGCCCCGUCAACUACCGAAGGUCCCCGGGUCCUAGCCAAGCUCUAACACUGCCGAGGGCACCCCAGAUCAACAAUGACUUGGAGCGGGACAUGAUUGUUGAGCGCAUCCGCAACGCGGACGCUCUCGGUGUUCUCCCCGAGUCGUUCCAGCUCCCCACGACGAUGGCUUUGAACAAGUACCUGUCAACCUAUUUCAACCUGUAUCACCAUCACCUCCCGUUCCUGCACCAGGAGUCAUUCAAGCCUACCACAGCCUCGACACCCCUCUUGCUUGCUGUUCUCUCAAUUGGAUCCCUGUAUACCUUUGAGCGGCAACACGCAUUCAUGCUCCACGUUGGAUCCAAGAUGCUCGUCAACCAGUUCCUUCAGCACAAGGACAACUUUGACUCGAGGAAGUGUCCUCUGUGGGCCAUGCAAAGCACUCUACUGAACAUGGUCUUCGAGAGCUGGAGUGGAGAUCCAAAGGGCUUGGAAUGGACGUGCUCGAUCAAGAGUUUGCUUGCUAACAUGGUCUCUGGCAACCGUUACCAACUGAAGCUUCGCACUGAAGCUCGUGAGGGGCGUCAGCCUUCACGAGAGGAGUGGAUCGAGGAUGAGUCUUGCCGCCGGACUUACUACGCCGUGUACAUAUUCUUCGGCAUGCUCACCUUGACUUUCAACCACACCCCCGCCAUGAGCUUUGAUGAAUUUGACAACUUGGAAUUGCCUUCAUCCGAAUCCCUGUGGAACUUGGAUGUUGCGGACGAUGAGUCGUGGCGCCGAAGCUUCGCUUCUUCCACUACAAUGACAGUUCGCGAAGCGCAUGACUGCCUCUUCCAAGGCGAGCAGACACGCUACAGCGCAUUUGCUACUCGUGUUCUCAUCAAUGCCCUGUUCUUGCAGGUCUGGAACCACAAGAGGAGCUUCGAGGCCCUUCAGGAUGUGGUCACUGAAUAUAAGCUCCGCUUGGCUUUGGAAACCUGGGAAAACUCCCUCGAGGUUUGUGAGCCUGAGACGAUUGUGGUGCCUCUCAGCACUCCGCAGAAUGGCCACCCACUUAUCUUCAACUCGAUGGCUGUCUACCGCAACACUCGUGCCCGCCUGGAAGUUGACCUCAAGUCUAUCCAGGAAGCCCUGCGUUAUCAUUCAUCGUAUGAAGUUGCUGCGGCCAUGACCGUGGCUCGUGAGAAGGUCAAGCGGUCUCAAGAGAUGAACAAGGUCAUCAAGUCGUGCUUUGAGUGCAUUGAGAUUGCCGCAAUCCGAGGAAUCAACUGGGUUGCCAAAACCUCCGCCACCAACUGGAGUGUUGAGCACCCGCUCUGCGGGCUGGAUCUUAUGGUCAUUCUAAGCCUCUGGCUCUAUCGCCUGGAACACGACGAGGAGCCUGCCACUGAGGCAGAGAUGGCCAUCUACAACAAGGUCCGCAAUCUGUUUGACGACGAUGCCCUCGACUCGUGCGGUAAACUUAGCUCCACCGUAGCCCGUGUAUGGGGUAACAUCCUAGACGGGGUGGUGGUUUGGGGAAUUACCAAGCUCAUGGGCGAGUCGUUCAAACUCCACUCCCAAGCCUUGGUUGGUUACGAAGACUCCCUUCGAGUUGCCAAAGACCAACCAAUCCACGCAGUGCCUCCGAAGUCGCUCGCUUCCAUUGGCACCGCGUACUAG